CUACUUUAAACUAUAUUCACAAAAAGGAACAUGGUAGGGUUUUGAAUAAGUAUGUUUUUUGGCAGAUUAUUCAUUGACCUGAAUAAUGAUAUUUUUUCUGGGUUCAUGCUUCUAAAGUUAGGUCAGAUCAUGCACAGCAAAUACUUUAACUCUGUACCUGCUGGGAUUAAUGAUUAAAAUGUGGAGCCAAACACCUCAUUCACAAUCUGAGAAUAUUUGAAUUGGCAGGAGUGAACCAGAAAGGCAAAGAAGUCUUUUAAUCAUUGGUUGCCAAAAAUAUAUCUGCCUAGUUUUUACUUAAGGAAAAGAAGGAUAAAGGUUAAAGGGAUUUGAUUUAUUUUAUUUUAACUUUCAUUUAAGAAAAAUGGCACAUUAAAUGUAAGCAGUAGGCUAUUGUCAUGGAAUUUCUUAUGUUACAUGUGUAAGAGCCACAUCUGUAAGUUAUUUCCCCUAGGCCCCAUAUGUAGAGAUGGUAACAGAAACAUGGCUAUAGUCCAUACGACUGGAAGCAGCUAGCCUGCGCCAACAAAAUCUGCCUACCAGCAUCUCUAGAGCUCACUAAUUAACACGUUAUACUGUAUCUUGCUUGUAUAAUCUGUAUAACAACUGAACCUAAAUUGGCAAAUUUGCGUUUUUACACUUUUGUUUGUGUACAGGUUAAACAAACGAGAUGUGACAUGACUGUUAUAUUGUUUGUUACCAUUGGAAAGAGCGAGACUAGCUGUUUCCCCUGUUUCCAGUCUUUGUGCUAAGCUACGCUAACUGGCUGUAGCCUUUUUAACGGCCAGAUAUCAGAGGGGUAACGAUCUUCUCAUCUACAAGAGCGAUUCAUAGGUACAUAGAUUGUACUUCAAACCUGACCAAACCAGUGGUUCACGUUCAAAUUCAAAGCUGAUAAAAUGUCACAUGCCAACAGUAGUUACACGCCUACAUUCAUUCCAGGAAGUUGUGCAGCAUGUCAGAGUGUGUAUUACACAACAAACUGACUUCCUCAGUGUGCGUGAUCCAGACACAGCCACUGUUUUGGGAAACACCUACUCAGCAGGUAAGGCCCCAAUGCGUAGAAUAAGUAAUUUUCACAGAUGGAGCUGCCACCUCGUCCAGCACUGUUUGACUUCCAUGGAGUCUCCAUGACCAAAUACUUCACUGACAACUGGAACAGCAUACAGAACUUCAAAGCAAGACCAGAUGAUAUUCUUAUAGCUACUUAUCCUAAAGCAGGAACCACGUGGGUCUCUUACAUCCUGGAUCUUCUGUAUUUUGGGCAGACAUCUCCAGAGCGUCAGGUGUCCAUUCCUCUUCACGAGAGAGUGCCGUUUCUGGAAAUCAGCAUACCUUCUCUACCCACAGGUAAAGACUUGGCAGACCAGCUUCCUACCAUUCCUCGUCUCAUUAAAACUCAUCUACCGGUCCAGUUUAUACCUAGGUCCUUCUGGGAGCAGAACAGCAGGAUAGUCUAUGCGGCUCGUAAUGCAAAGGACAAUGCAGUGUCCUAUUUCCAUUUUGGCCGCAUGAACAAUGCCCAGCCAGAACCAGGAGACUGGAGCACCUUUCUACAGGAUUUCAUGGAGGGAAAGGUGGCGUUUGGAUCAUGGUAUGACCAUGUGAACGGCUGGUGGGAGAAGAAACAGACUUAUUCAAAACUUCACUACAUGUUCUAUGAAGACCUGAUUGAGGACUGUGGACGAGAGAUAGACCAUCUCUGUUCCUUCCUUGGUUUGUCGCUUUCAGCUGAGGAGAAGGAAAGAGUCACAACUGAAGUGAAGUUUGACAAUAUGAAAGAAAACAAAAUGACUAACUAUUCCACUGUCCAAAUUAUGAAUCAGAAGGUGUCUCCUUUCAUGAGAAAAGGGAAAGUUGGUGACUGGAAGAAUCAUUUCACUGUGGCCCAGGAUGAACAGUUUGAUGAGGACUACAAGCAGAAAAUGAAGAAUCCUACACUGCAGUUUCGUACUGAAGUUUAAAGGCCCAGCCUGGCCCGGCCCGGCCCGGCUGUGCAUAAUUAAGAGUCCUGAACUGUGUUAAUUUGAUGAUAAUGUUGAUGUUACUGAGUCAGAUGUUGAAUUGAUUGACAAGGAUAUUGUCGAAUUAGUGUGACACAUUCUCCUUAUUGUGAUGUCGACUGAUGACUUUCAUAUGUUUGACCCUUGUGGAAUCAUGUGAACAACAGCUGCAAUCAAUAACAAUCUCUUGGAAAUAAUGUCAGUGCAUAUUAAAACAUUGGAUAAGAAGAUUCACCCACACAUGUUUUAUAAAUGAUAAUGUAAUACAUAAAAA